CUGAACCUUUCUAAAAAUGAGAAAACUCUUCGGCAAGUGGGGGGGCGCUCCAAGGACAAGCUGCUCUCAGAUGAAGAGGUUUCAGGGAGCCUGCUGAAGCUCUUCAGAGUUCUGCGCAGGAGUCAUGGGGCUGAUCAUGGGCAGCAGCUCCGAGCAGUUCAAAGUCACUUCCUCAGGCAGGAAGCCUAGCACGUUGCACUUUGCAGGAACUGGAGUCUUUGUCACCAGGGGAUUUGUACCCAAGGGAGCUACAGUUGCCAUGUAUCCUGGCACAGUCUACCAGGCCUAUGAGCCCAUUCUUCUCCAGUCCAUUGGAAACCCCUUUGUCUUCAGAUGUAUCGAUGGCGUCUUGAUUGAUGGAAAUGACAAAGGCAUAUCCAAAAUGGUGUUCAAGUCAUGCAGUGGAAGGGACCGUCUAGGCCCCUUCAUGAUGAGUGACACCAGCUGGCUGACUGCCAGCCCACAAAACCCACUUGCUGUGGGUCAGUAUGUGAACAACUGUUCCAACGAAUGGCCUGCCAACGUAUGUUACCAGGAGUAUGACGUGCCUGACAAGUUUCCCAUCGAGCUCCGCCAGUAUCUUCCUAACAUCAACUACAGCCUGGACAUACAGAGACCUCUGCGCUGUGUUGUCCUGGUGUCACUCAGAGACAUUAAAGCUGGGGAGGAACUGUUCUCCAACUACUUCACCAUUGUGCGUUAGAGUCAAAGUACACUCCAGUGUUCUGCUGUGGUGGC